CAACAAUCUUGGUUUGGGCUAGAGAAGAAGAAAGCACAAGAACCCAUGUCUGGUUUAUACAACAACUCCUCUUACUUCUCUCCUGCUCGAGCUGCUUCUCCUCAGAUUAGAAGCACUCCUGAGAUCGACAGUUCUCAGUACUUGACGGAGCUUCUCGCUGAACAUCAAAAGCUUACUCCUUUUAUGCAGGUCCUACCUAUAUGUAGCCGUCUAUUGAAUCAAGAGAUGUUCAGGGUCUCUGGAAUGAUGUCUAACCAAGGAUUUGGUGAUUUUGAUAGACUUCGACACAGAAGUCCCAGCCCUAUGGCUUCUUCUAAUCUUAUGUCUAAUGUCUCUAAUACCGGGUUAGGUGGCUGGAACGGCCUCUCUCAGGAGAGACUUAGUGGAACACCUGGAAUGACAAUGGAUUGGCAAGGUGCUCCUGGAAGCCCCAGUUCAUACACCGUCAAAAGGAUAUUGCGUCUGGAGAUUCCUGUAGAUAACUAUCCUAAUUUCAAUUUUGUUGGACGACUUCUUGGCCCUAGAGGCAACUCGUUAAAACGCGUUGAAGCUACCACGGGUUGCCGUGUAUUCAUCAGAGGGAAAGGGUCAAUCAAGGAUCCCGAAAAGGAAGAUAAACUAAGGGGAAGACCGGGCUAUGAACACCUGAAUGAGCAACUCCACAUCUUAAUAGAGGCAGAUCUUCCAGCAAGUAUCGUGGAGAUACGUCUGCGACAAGCUCAAGAAAUUAUAGAAGAGUUACUAAAGCCUGUGGACGAAUCGCAAGAUUUCAUAAAGAGACAGCAGCUGCGGGAACUGGCAUUGCUAAACUCGAACAACCUGAGGGAAGAGAGUCCGGGGCCAAGUGGCGGUGGAAGCGUUUCGCCUUUCAAUUCAAGUGGUAAACGCCCGAAAACAGGAUGCUAAGCAGCGUUUUGUUUGUCUCGCCCAAAACGCUCCUUUAAGCCUUAUAAUGGUUUCUUCAACCAAAAGUACAUGUCUGCAUGCAUUACACAGACGCACAUGUGUAUAUCUGGUUUCUCCAGUAGUGGCUGCAAUGGUGGUGGUCUGGUCAAGGCCUGCCCUGGUCUCUCUCGGGUGAGCGACCCUGUGGCUUUCGU